GCUUUAUUAUCUUAAUUAAAAGUGCUAGUAAUCUUGUAUUCUACACCCAAACAAAAACAAAACCGACAAUGUUACUGUAGCUCUUUUCAUUUAUAAUUGAUACUAUAUCAUUCCUUUUUGGUAGCAUUCUUAAACAUUUUAUAUUCUUUUUAACAGAUUCAGAUUUUGUAACUCCACUCCCUGUUCUCCCAUUUCAAGGUGUUGCUCCCAAUGGAAGCAGUCCUAAAAGGGAUAGAGAAAAAGUUGACGAAUUACAAGAUGAAUUGAUGAAAACUCAGACAAAAUAUCAAAAGCUUAUCGAUAAAUUAGAGAAAGAAAAUCGGGAUUUACGUAAACAAAUACUACUGAAAGGGCAAAAGGAUACUAAGAAAAGAAAAUUGAAAAGAUCGCCUAUUGACAUGUAUUCAGAGGUGCUGGAUGAGCUAGCUGAUUACGACUCUAGCUAUAAUACCCAAGAUCAUCUUCCCCGAGUAGUAGUUGUUGGGGAUCAAAGUUCAGGGAAAACUAGCGUUUUAGAAAUGAUUGCUAAGGCUAGAAUAUUUCCAAGAGGAUCGGGCGAAAUGAUGACCAGAUCACCUGUAAAAGUUACGUUGAGUGAAGGACCUUAUCACAUUGCCAAAUUUAAAGAUAGCACAAGAGAAUUUGAUCUGACAAAGGAAUCAGAAUUGGACGCUCUGAGGAAAGAGGUUGAAGUAAGGAUGAAAGCUUCUGUUGGCUCGGGUAAAACCGUCAGUAGCGAUAUAAUUUCAAUGACCGUUAAGGGACCUGGUCUGCAAAGAAUGGUGCUUGUUGAUCUUCCAGGAAUAAUUAGCACUGUAACAACUGACAUGUCGCAUGAUACUAAGGACUCUAUAAGAAAAAUGUGCUUGCAACAUAUGGAAAAUCCAAACGCAAUUAUCCUUUGCAUCCAAGACGGCUCAAUAGACGCUGAGAGAAGUAAUGUAACUGAUUUAGUGAGCACAAUGGAUCCUUCUGGUAAAAGAACUAUAUUCGUUUUAACGAAAGUUGAUCUGGCCGAAAGUAACUUAUAUAAUCCAGACAGAAUACAAAAAAUUCUUGAAGGACGAUUAUUCCCUAUGAAAGCUUUGGGAUAUUUUGCCGUUGUAACUGGCAAAGGCAAUACGGAGGAUAGUAUAUCUACUAUUAAAGACUAUGAAGAGAGCUUUUUCCGUAAUUCAAAAUUAUUCAAAGCUGGAGUUUUAAAAGCGUCGAAUAUGACAACCCAUAAUCUUAGUUGCGCAGUUAGCGAAUGUUUUUGGAAAAUGGUUCAAGCUUCCGUCGAACAGCAAGCCGAUAGUUUUAAAGCGACAAGAUUUAAUUUGGAAACUGAAUGGAAGAAUACAUUUUCAAAAGUUCGAGAAUUGGAUAGAGAAGAACUAUUUGAAAAAGCCAGAGGGGAAAUUUUAGACGAAUUAAUUAAUCUAAGCAAUAUUUCACCUAGACAAUGGGAAGAUGCUUUUACGAAAACUUUGUGGGAAAAGAUGACUACUCACGUUUUCGAAAAUAUCUAUUUACUUGCUGCGCAGAGUGAGAAUUCUGGAACUUUUAAUACUACUAUUGAUAUUAAAUUAAAACAAUGGGCUGAUCAACAAUUACCUAAAAAGUGUGUAGAAGUAGGGCAACAAACGUUAAAAGAGCAAUUUUCUAACAUGUUAAAAAGAGGAGAAAGCGAUAAUAUAUUUGAGAAAUUGAAGGUAGCGGUAAGAGACGCUUCAAUGGAAAAACAUGAGUGGGAUUCCAAAGCGGAACAAUCAUUAAGGGUUAUUCAAAGAAAUAUCUUAGAAGAUAGAUCCGUAUCAGAUAAAAAUCAAUGGGAUAGUGCUGUUAAAUUUAUGGAAACUGCUGUCAAUGAGCAAUUAGAAAUGGUUGAAAAUACAUUAAAGAGAAUGAAAGGACCGGGAACAAGAGAACAAUGGUAUAAUUGGAAAAGUAAAACAGCUGAACAACAAAAUCGUUGUGUUGCAUUAAAAGAAUUAGAAAAAUUGAUGACAUCUCAUAAAAAACAUACACCACAUCUAUCUUAUGAAGAGUUAACAACAGUCAGAAAAAAUCUUGAAACGCAUGGAGUGUUCGUUGACGCUGAAUUUCUUAAAGAAACUUGGCAUCCUCUAUAUAGAAAGAAUUUUCUAAAGAAGUCAUUAAACACAGUAUCUGAAUGUAGGAAAGGAUUUUACUAUUACCAACGAGGAUUUACAGAGUCUGGGGUGAGUCUUUUAUUAAAAUCAUCUUGAAUUCAAAAACUCCAUAAGAGUAUUUCUUACUGUUGUUUAUCACAUACUUAAAAGCAUAGCAUAAUAUAUAAGGGGCGAUCAAAUGAAAACGGAACAAUUCCCUAUAUAUUCAUUAAUUUGAUUAAUUAUUCUUGACUAUAACCACGGUGAUAUGUCAUUCAAUGGACCAAAGAGGAGGCAUGUUUAGUUAUUUACGUAUUGAUAUUUAAAUGGGAAAAUUUGUACCAGAAAAGUAAAGGAUAGGAUCUUCACUCACAGAAUACAAGAACAAAUUAUAGAGAAUACAAUAUUUAAUUUAGAAGACUUACUGAAGAUUUUUGCUUUCGGCUUUCAAAUAUUGUAAAGUACAUUUGGAUUUUAGUGAAAAAUAUUGGAUCUUAAGGAUCCUAUCAGCUGACACCUAAAUUCAAAGAAUGGCAGACUUCCACAUGUUAUUGAACCGAUACUUGAAAGACUUCCUAAACGAGAUAGUUUCCUUUGGAAAUAUUGUUUUUAGGAUAGAAAUGGAUUAUAGUACGAGCUUAGCCUCUAGUCAUUACUUCAAUUCAUAAUAGGCUCCAUAGCUAACCAAUAAAGUUUGCUCUUGAGAGCGUAAGUAAACUGGUAAGAAUUAAGUAUUGAUAAAAAAAAUCCAAAAGCAUGGUAUUUAGCCAAAGUGACAUUGUUCCGAUCAUUUUUUCGCCCCUUAUAUAUAUAUUCAUAAAUCAAUAUACAUAUACAUAUACAUAUACACACGCAUAUAUGUAUAUAUAUAUAUAUAUAUAUAUACGUAUAUACACAUAUAUAAAGGGUGACGGACGUAAGCUGGUAAGUUUAAUGGUAGUAGAAUAGAAAACGUGUUGUGUGUGAAUUUUCUUUUUCUAAAAUGUAAAUUAAACGCUGGGAAGCUUAGUGAACAAAUGUAUACAAAGAAAGAUUGUAUAUAAUCCCAAAGUUUAAUUAGCCUUUUCUAUUAGACAACUCUUUCAAAGCAAAAUGCCUAAUAUUAUUAAGUUUUUAAGUUAAUACAUUCCUAUUUCUCAAUGGUUGACAUAGUUGGAAAUAGUGUUAUCAUUUACAUAGUCAUUUUUAUUGUUAUAAUAAAAUAUUGUUUAUAUUUAAAUAAUUGCAAGGCGACUAAAUUGAUUAUAUAACUUUAGAACGUUUAAAGGGAAAUUAAUCAAAAUAUUAAAUUCAUCAAUCAGUCAUUUAAAAAGUAAUAAUCUGUAAUUCUAGUUUAACAAUAUUUUUUUAUAACCUUAGUCUUUCUAGCAUGAUAAUUUUUGCUAUAUUUUACUUUUACUAUUCUUUUUUUACAAAUUUAAUUCCUUGUUGUUGUAAUUUUAACAAAAGAAAUGUUUUUUAUCUUUUAAAUACUCAAUUUUUUCUCUAGAUGGAGUGUAAUGAUGUUGUAUUAUUUUGGAGAAUUCAAAGAAUGUUACAAGUCACAAGUAACGCACUAAGGCAACAAGUUAUGAAUAAUGAAGCUCGUCGUCUAGAGAGGAAUAUUAAAAAUGUUUUAGACGACUUUUCAGAAGAUAAAGAUAAAUUGCAAAGUCUAUUAACUGGUAGAAGAGUUCAAUUGGCCGAAGAAUUGAAACGUGUACGGCAAAUUCAAGAGUUGUUAGAGGAAUUUAUAGAAGCUUUACAAAAAGAAAAGUAAUAAAUAACUUCUUUAACAAUUAAAAAAUAUUAUUUAAAAUGAUGUAUAGACAAUUUUUUUAUUCGGCUCGUGCAUUUCUAACUAUUAUCAAGCAAUGGAGAAAGAAAGAAAGAAGACUUUCUUUCCCAUUCCUUCUUUAUUUCUUUCGUUGCUUAAAUACUUGAAUAAAAUAAAAUUUUCUUUUCUCGUAUCAUU